CGACUGCGUCGCCCCAGAGACGGCCCCCGGCACUAGCGAGGGUUUUGCCGUUCAGCCACCUGGACACUUUCUACCCCUAAGCAUCGAGCACCACACCAUGACUUACAGAAAAAUGUCUUUAACUGCAGGAAGAAGAUUCAGAACGUCUCAGCGCAGCAUUCGCUUCAAUUGUGAACUUGAUGAAUCAAGCCACAAAGGAAUGCGAGAAGUACUAUAGCUUCAUGGCAGCCUGUAGAUGCAAAGAGCAUGAAAUCAAACACAUCUGCAGAUACCAUGGCAGGCAAGCAGGGCAAGGAGAGCUAGAGUCCUCCCAAGAAGAGAGGACGGAAGCCUCUGUAGCACUCAGUCAAGCCCAAACUUGCCAGCAACAUACCAGACAAGCUUCCGAAGACAUCUACAUUGAAGUUUCUCCUGGCACCUAUUCUGUCACAGCAACCUCAGAGGACAUGGUGCAACAAACCCAUGUGGUGGAUGUCAACGCAGGACAAAGUUAUGAUUUAACUUUUGUUCUAUGAUGUUUGUUAUUUCUUGGUAAUCACAGGAAUAAAAUACAAGGCUGUUUUAAUGCAUGUCAUGAACUAUGUAUAUCUUUUUCUUGUUAGCACUUUAAUAGUAUCCUCUCUGGGACUCCAUUUUUAUGGCCUGUAUAUUUGUUUUCUACUUAAUGCAGUUAUAUGCAGCCCACUUUGUACACUGAUUUUAUAAAUAUUUGUACAUUGUGUGCCUUAAAUCCAAUUAUGUGACUCCUGUUCCAGGUUCUUAUGCUUUAAACAAUUAAGAUACAAUCAGUGAAAUAAAAUACGUAAUUUAGUCUUUGUGAUGACAGCUUCUUUUUUAUUAUCCUCAGACAGAGUGUCCAUGUCACAUUCUUGAGCACAGACAGCAUGAUCCAUGUGGUAUGAAUAUGGAUGUACAUUAGCUUCUGUGGGCUGGCACUGAUUUUAAAGCAUUUGGCUCACAAUGCAUCUCUCCUAUCUGUACUUUUAUUAUUCUGAUAAAGAAAUAAAAUGCAAAUGAAAUUCACUAUCUAUCUAGGACCCCAGCUCAGGAAGGUGCUUGAGUAUGUGUCAGAUGUUCAGUGUAGGCACAUA